AUUUUUAUUUCUGUUUGCACCGAACUAGGAAUAACUCGUUUUUUUUCUCCAGGGAUUCAAACGUGCAACCUCAACACUGGCUCUGUUUCUGUGACAGAUACACGAGCACUGCAGAAAUUAUAAGUUUUGAAAGGUGGGACCGGAAACGCGGCGGCUUGACUAUGUGCGACUUGACGCUGACGACGAGCCGGAGGGAAAAAAAGCGAAGAAGAAAAAAGAGGCAGAUCUGAGGUUUGAGGAUUUCAACAAAGUUUCAUCCGUCGGGACGCGCGGAGGCUGCGGGGGGUCGACGGGACCCCGAUCUCACCGAAAUAAUGGACGAUUCUCAUUUCAACUCAUCAUACUUUUGGUCUCCUGUCCCAACUGUACAAGGACAGAUUGAGAACGCCAUGUUCCUGAACAAGGCAAAGGAGCAGCUAGGCCUGGAGAAGGCCAAUACAGCCUCCUUCUCUCACUCCUCUGCGUCUUCCACCUCCUCCCCCCACUACCCUAUGGCUGUGCUCGCCAUCCCCGGCUCAGUGGACGCAGGGGCCGGUGUUCGACUGGUCCCGAAACAGGAAGGAAGUGGGGGCAGCGCAGGAGGAAAUGGCGGAGGCAGUGGCAGCGCACCAUUAUUUGCAAUCGGGGGGCACCUGCACCAAUCGCAAACCUCCCAGAACGUCACCGUUGUGCCCUCCACGGGCAUCAUGACUGCAGCGGGGUUAGUGAUCACCACCUCUCAAGGCACACUGGUCCCCACUUCCUCCACGCAGUCCUUUGUAGCAGGACCCCACACUGCCACCACCAUGAUAGUGUCUGCAGUGCACCCCUCAAACACAGACAAGAAGCAGGACCUUGCCAUCCCUCCUGCUGUCUUAAUGCCGACGCCAUCAAAGCGAGGCAGGAAGAGCAAACAGGUGAUGAGCAGAGUGGCGGGAGUAGGUGGGGUCCUCCCUCCAGGAAGCGAUACAUUAAUACUUGCACAUCUAGCUGCUGGUGGACAGCACCACACUGCUGAUCCAUACGACCUGUCAAAUGAUGAGGAUGAUCAUACUAGCAAGGAUGGCCCCAAAUCCUACAGGUGUCGGAUGUGUGCAGUGACGUUCUUCAGCAAGUCCGACAUGCAGAUCCACGCCAAGUCCCACACCGAGGCCAAGCCCCACAAGUGCCCCCACUGCUCCAAGUCGUUUGCCAACUCCAGCUACCUGUCCCAGCACAUCCGCAUCCACAGCGGGGCCAAGCCCUACUCCUGUACCUACUGCCAGAAAACAUUCAGGCAGCUCAGUCACCUACAGCAGCACACACGAAACCACACUGAGUCCAAGCCCCACAAGUGUCCCCACUGCUCCAAGUCGUUUGCCAACUCCAGCUACCUGUCCCAGCACAUCCGCAUCCACACUGGGGCCAAGCCCUACUCCUGCUCCUACUGCCAGAAAACAUUCAGGCAGCUCAGUCACCUACAGCAGCACACACGGAUUCACACCGGUGACCGGCCGUACAAGUGUAACCAUCCUGGCUGUGAAAAAGCUUUCACCCAGUUGUCCAACCUACAGUCUCACCGUCGGCAGCACAACAAAGACAAGCCGUUCAAGUGCCACAACUGUAACCGUGGUUACACAGAUGCUGCCAGCCUGGAGGUGCACCUGUCCACACACACUGUCAAACAUGCCAAGCUCUUCUCCUGCGGCCUCUGUAACCGAUCCUAUACCUCGGAGACGUAUCUAAUGAAACACAUGAGGAAGCACAACCCCGACCCACUAACAGUGGCAGCAACAGUAGCUGCUCAGCAGGCCCAGGGCCUUACGCCAGGCGGAGGAGGGGGCAGGGGCCGAGGCCGUGGCCGAGGGAGAGGAGGCGGUGCAGGCAGAGUGAGCCAGCUCCAAAGCCAGAACAACCCAAAUAUUAGCAACCAGAACCCUAACGCAGGACCCCCAGGCAGCUACCAGCAACCCACGGAAGCUGUGGUUCAGUGCCCGUUUGACCUGCAUCAAUACAAGACAGUGGCAGCCGGUGAGAUCCAGUACAAACCGGUCUCGGUGGCAGACCUGCCGGUGGUCCACAAAGACCUUUGCCUCACUGUCUCCACAUCAGCCAUACAGGUGGAGCACAUGAACUCAUAGGCUGCAUCUUCCCACUCUGAGGAAAUACUUAAUGUGUCUGCAGUGUAAAAACAAAAGCUCCAAAUGAACAACUAAUUUGACUGUAUUCAAUAUUGUAGCUUUUUUUAAAUGAGGAAAAAAAUGGCUAAUAUGGUGGAAGUUGUUAACUAGAUCAUCUGGUUUAUUGAUACUUGUAUAAGGAACCAGUGGAAUCCAUUUUGUUUCACUUCCCUGUGGCUUCGAGUGACAAUAUUUUUAAAGGAGUUACUCGCUUAUGGUCAAAAAUUCAAAAUUUCUAAUCCCGUUCACUCAAUGCCAUUUUUUCCUUCAUUUUAAGAAGCUUUAAUGUUGAGUAGAGGAUUAAAUUACUUGGUCAACCACAGAUAUUUUACUAUAUGUUUCACGAUUCCUGAGCCAACAUGGUGCAAAGUUUCUCUCAAUAGAAAUGCUGGUCGAGGAAAGAGAUAUAAGAGGUUUAUUCUUCAGCCUGGAGCAACGUUCCUCCAGUUUGUGAAGACUCCCGAAUCCUCAUCUGAUAUUUUAAGUCUUUUGAUGAUUAUUGAGGUGGAAAUUAAAUCCAGACCUGAAGCAUCUUUAUUCUAAUUUUAACUUAAAUCAACUUGCUCUUUAAAAUGCACUUAAAAUCUUAAACCAGCAGUCCUGCUCUGAGAAUCUUGCUGAAAGCGGCUCACCGGUGUCACAUCUCUUUUUGAUUGCAUUGUUUGCAAUAGGCAUCAUUGGAGGAUUGAGGUGUAAAAUAUCUGUAAAAAGAAAAAUUACAUUGUUCUCUGCACAUUUACAGUCCAGAGAAUGGUGUGUUUUUUUUUAACACAUUCAGAUCACAUUAAUCUGAACAUUCUCCAGUAUUUAGUUCAAGCCAAAACAAGGGACGGAAAGAAGAAGGAAGUCUUGAAAAAAGAAAUUCUGAAAUGCAACUGAAACAGCGACGCAGUGCUACUGAAAGAUAAGGGCAGACUAGAAAAAUCUGAAUGAUCCUGUCAAAGUGAAGCUGGAUCAGAUGAGCGGAAACAAGGCCUUAGAAGGGCUGAAGAGCAGCAGGAAGAAAAGGACGUGGUGUGUUCUGGAAUCGGUUUAAAGCCUGAGGCUGAAUCUCAGCGUUCAUUUCACAAAUCAUGAUGUCCUUAUUUACACCCACCUCCCCUCAGACAUUGAGGAGCUGAGGAGCCAUUUCCCAAAGUAUUGAACGACGGAGACGGAGCGGUUGGAGAAUGCACUAAAUGUGAGGAAUCUGCAGCAGAGCAAGAUGUAAACACGAGAGGGAGCGAGUGGGUCGCUGGGGCGGGAGGGGUCAUAAAGAAAGCACUUAGUGAAGCUCGUACUUCGCGCCUAUGUUUGUCAUCAUUGUACUUUUUUUAAUAUAUCAUGUAUGUAUUUUUCUACCAACAGAGGAACGUAUGAACAAGAGAGAGAAAGCCACGUGAGUGCAUGAAUGUGAAGGGAACAGGGAAAAGUCUGUACAGAGUGUUUUUGUUCCUUUUUUUUCUUACUAUUCAGAGGAAGACAGUUAACUAACCUCCAGUGAGUAGAGACUGCCCAACUCGACAUUGUUGGGGAAAUAAUGAUUGUGUGAUAAAAAUGGCUGACAGGUACUGUUAUCAAUCUUUUUUUAAAGACCUUUUCAUACAUAUUAUUACUACUUUCAUUAUAACUGUAUUGCAAAUAUUAUCCACAUUAUUAUCAAACUGAGGCAUUAUUGUAUUUCAGUAUGCUGUACAUAAAAUAGAUAGAAAAGACUUUUUCAUCUGUAAAAGGGAAGUGUGUCCUGUGUAAUGCAUAUACAGAAACUAAAGGAACUCAUAUUAACAAGUACCAAAUCAUUGGCCGUGUCCCAGGUCACCUUAACACUGACGAAGUGUAACUGCUACGCUCAACAAAGUCUGCAAAGAAUGAUAAAGAAAAGUCUGAGGUGUUUGGGAAAUUUCCAAAACGUUUGUUAAAUUAUGGCAAUUUGUUUUUCGUCCCUUCUGUAACAUGUGACUAAAAAAACAUUUGCUGCACUUUCAAUCACACUCAUCCAUUAAACUUUUCUAGACUUCAACCGAACCUCAAAAAUUACAGAGCAGUUGGCAGAGAUGGAGUUGGGGUUAAGAUAAUCCUUUAAAUUUGCCAGAAGGGGGUUCUCACAAAAUUGUCGUUGCUGUGGUCCCGCUGGGAAUUUCUCCAUGAACACUUUAACUUUGUUAAUCUUAAUUCUUAAAAAAUGGCAGUCCUAUUUUGAAACCACAUUUAAUUUCACUCUAUCCAGAUUAUCAUUUGGACCUGCACCAAAUUGCAAACACUGUUAACAUCAUAAUCCUGCUAACGACGAAACAAAUGCAGACAAAAACAUGACCUCCUUGGUGGAGGUAACAAGGCUGUGACAUUGUUGACCUGGGACACUGCCGCCAUGUUUUUGUGCUCUACCCAAUCACAAUGUUCUAACGGCCUCUACACAGGGCUGAUGUCUUCAUAUAUAUUCCUCCCUGUACUUCAUUGUGUCUUUUUAUGAAAAAUAACCCAUUCUCAAUAUUCAUGUUAAUGUUAUUACUGAUUUUCCUGAUAAUAAUACAGUAAUUAACUGCCCUCUUAUGCUACACUCUGGCAUACUGUAUGCACAGUUACACCUCUUGCUCAUCUGAACAGACUGUUUCUUCCCUUAAGGAGAAUAAAGUUUAAAAAAACAGUUUAUGAAGAAAUUA